AUGGAGUCUAGUUCGAGCCAUGUCGCGGGAACCCCGGGUCAGCUGCAGACAAGCAUCUGUCCGACGUGGAUCGAACCGGGGCUUCAGCGAACUGCAUCUGGAGAUGCAGAUACCCGGCAUACAACCUCCGACCUUCGACGCGCUCACACAGUAACACACGGCACGAAUCCCAAGGAUAAACCUACCGCGAACGCCAAAACAACCCGUGAACGGAUAGCGACCUCGUUCCUGCGGGUCAAGGACAGUCAUGAACUCCUGCGAAAGCGCUCCUUCAAGCGGGCCAAUCCCUCCCAGACUCCAGCGGAUUCCCUACCAACAGCAAGAGAGCCCAAUCAUUUCACGGUGGGUAAUGUUGGCCAAAAUGGGACCAUUUUUCUCAGGCCGAUUCGCAACCCAUCGAUCAAAGAGCCCUUCCGAGCGGCUUCCGCCCCUUCCUUAAACAAAACUCGACAAGAGUACCUCCAACCGCCUGGACAUACUGGACGCGAUGGAGCUGAGCCUUCGAGAUGGUCGAAUUCGCAGCUAUCGGAAUUACGCCCAGAUCUCAUCCCUGAAGAAGGCCCCGAGGACGGUGAUUCAGUUACUUCGGAAUCGGCGCAUUCCCAACACCCUCAUCAUCUCCACCCCCGACCACGUAAAGCGCGCUCCUUUUCCACCGUCUCCGAACAAUGGUCCGAUCUCCGUGCAGCUCACCCGGGAGAGCUACAAAUAUUCAUCGAUCAAGCGGCUGACAGACCCAAGACUGCUGAUGAACCGCUGCGCCGUCCUUCGGACAGCGCUCUUUCCCCAUACCAUUUGGGUUGGCCGCAACCAAUCCUCGACAACGAAAUGGCGCUUCACAGCUCAGUCUACGUAAGGACAUCUUUGUCAACUGGUUUGCGCGCCUCGAAUAUAUCCCGGGACUACUGGGCUGUCACCGCGGCGCCUAAUGCUUACAACGGUGAUCCAGCUCGACCCUCUUUCGUCGGUUCUUUCUUUUCUGGGACUGGUGCUAUUGAGAUGCCUCAAGGCUCGGCAAUCAACGAGCAAUUGAACUUCUAUGAGCCCAAAGAGCCCAUUGAGCCUUCAAUCUUCGAAGCCUUGGUCUCGGAAAUGGACAAGGAGUCGGUCGUGCGCUACAUUCCUGGUACAAAAGAUAUCAGCGCUGCCACCCCUGCACGAAUUGUGGCACAAAUAUCCUCGGCCUCUUUCAUGGACUAUGAGCUUGUCUCAGACUUCUUCCUCACUUUCCGGUCUUACCUUUCACCUAAUACACUUUCGGCGCUGCUCUUGGCUCGGCUACGGUGGGCGAUCAAUCGGCCACAGGAUGAUGGCAGAAUCAUUCGAAUUCGUACCUUCGCCGCUCUUCGACAUUGGAUCCUGAACUACUUUGUGGAUGACUUUGUUCCGGACUAUAACUUGCGAUUAUCUUUCUGCGAGACCAUCAAUGGCAUGUAUGAUGACGUGAAGGCCCGGCAGAGUGGCGGGAUGAGUGAUUUGAAAAUCCUCAUUGACCUCAAACGGUGCUGGUAUGGCAAGUGCUCUCUCUACUGGGACACCGUCGAGCAGCACGCCGCAUUCCACAGUCCAGAAGUCGCUAUUAGGCCGGGAGGUGGUGAGGAUGAGAUCACUUUGAAUCCAAAUGGCGACAACAUGCUGGCUGCGGGAGGUCCGAAAUUCAGUCUGGAGGCUAGCCUUGAGCGUAGCGUCUCUCACACUGCCAGUCACCAGCGAAACAAUUCGGCCAAUACGACAGGAAGUUUACCAAUGACCACAACGAGUGACCGCAGCAUCCAUGCGACCUCUUGUUCCUUGCCGCCCAAAUCUCCGAAACGACUUUCGUUGGCCGUCACACCUAACAAGGCACCCCACCCCGUACCACUUGCACCCUUGAAAUUGACUUGCUCUCGGGAUGCGCUACCACCUCCGCCUCUCAAUACCCGUCGCCAUGCAUAUUCGGGUCACAGACACAAACGUAGCGGAAGCUUCUCCGACUCGGUCAGAGAUGACCGCGCACCUGCCUCUUUCCUGGCCCCGGGACAACACACUGCUUCUUCAAUUCAUGGAGUGCUCAAUCUAGGUAGCUUGAUACGCGGUGAGCUUUACCCCCCGGCGGAAUCCUACACGAUAAUGAUGGCACCGCCGUCGCCUCCUCUACCAUCCUCCACCAGAGACAUAUCCCCCGGUCGACGAAGCACCUUUAAUGCAACAACCAAACCCAGUUCUUCCGGAUCCGGUGUCAAAACUAUCAUUGGAUCAAUCCGCCGCGCUGUGCACAGUCGACAAGGGGGACCUAGUGGUCCCCGCGGCAUACAAGGACAAACCAACCCUUCUCAUCCAGGUAGAACGUCGGCACUUCCUAAUAAUGUCGCAUAUGGUUCCGAUCUCUAUCGUGAUAGAAAAGCGACUGCAACGACAAGGAGACGUGUUAGGAUCGACACGCUGUGUGACGAGGCUUUACGUCAAUAUCGUACAGCUGUCGCCGAACAAGCGGACACCAAACCGGUCGUCCUGCGCCCGGAGACUUCACAGCACCUAACUACGAUUGCUAAUGGCACAGAGCCCCACGUGCCCACACCAAGCUUGACUAGAACGGACAGUCAGCUAACCACUGGAAGUGAGUCAAUUGUCAUUGUGGAUGGUACUGGCCUUGCGGUGCCGAUGAUGUCGGGAGCUAUUGGUUCGACCACGGGACUCGCAGAGCCGCCCCGGUUUCUGGAAGCAGAAACUUCCCCAUUGACCCUGAGGGCUCCAUCCUUGCACGUUCCCUCUCAAAGAUCCACUCUUGCCACUGGCGAGUACUCGCUUCCUAUAUACUUCGAUGACAGCGAAUCCGGACCACCAAGCAGGGCAUCUAAAUUUCUCCGUCCUACGGGUUCGUCGCGCAGAUCAUACUCAGUCGAGCGCGGGUCGACACACUGGAAGCGAACUUCCCCAUCGCUCCGCCUACGUAAAUAUGCGUCAUUCCAAAGCGGAAUCUCGAAACUGCGCCUUACAUUAGGUAGCGAGCCCAUUGUCCCCGGUUCCGACCAACACUCGCGGCAAGAAUCAGAUAGGCCGGCAGGUCCAGUGCUUCGCCGGCGCCCUGGCGGAGACCUGCGGCAAAUGCGCAAUGACAGCUGCCCCCAAUCUCGGGUCAAUUCAGAGUCAAUGCUGUCUGACUUGACUUACAGAAGUGCGGACAGUUUCGUUACUCAGCCGGAGCAUGUCGGCUCUAGACCCCAAACAAGCCUUAUCCCGCCGAAUCCGCGGUACUCUCUGAUGACCACACACUCUUCGCAGAACAUGCGGCGCUCAUUCGAGGCUGCGAUUGCUCAGUUUGCGCAGAUUCCUGAUGAUGGCGAUGGAGGCGUCGAGUCAGCCCUGCUAAAGCUGGAGGGCAAGUGGCAAGGUCAACCUGAUCAGGAUACUGUGCCCAUGGGAACAGACGUUUGGAAUCAAGGUCAAUCCCUAGGCAGUGUUUGCGAAGAGGAUCGGUGCUACCAAAAUCAAGCUAGGCAGCAUCAUCUGGGUUCGGAAAAUGCCGCAGAGCAACACGGGACGUUCCUCGGGGACAGUCUGACUUAUUCACAGAUACAGGGACGUCUCGUCCCUCAUCGGGCUUAUUCCUACUCGGUGACGGAAACAGAAAACUCCUUCGGUUCGAUCCCACUGCUCGAGCGAGGGCUGAGUGAUGACUCCAUGAAGAAGCCAAUAACAAGUUGUCCGUCGUCGCAUAUCGCCGGCCCAUCUCGAUUGCGGGCUAGUGACAUCUCCAGUCGUGAGACAACGGAUCUGGACUCAUUGCGCUCAUCUCUUGACAUUGUGAAGAAGACCGCGAGCUUGAAUCGUAUCCCGCGGGGUUCGACGCUUCCAUAUAUUCCCUCCGGAUCCCGCAAGCAGCCAGGUCAUCUAUCAGGAUUGUCCUCCGAAAUCUCCGUUGAUCUGAUCGAUGGACGAGAAGCGUCCGAGCAGCGGCUGUCCCUCGAUACCCAUAGGCUGAGUGACGCGUCCCUGGACAUCCCGACCCAUCCGCUUGCCCACCCACCGUCUCCUCCGAUGACUAUCCAAAACACUCGAUCGAUCUCCUGCGCGACGCCCCUUAAUCCAGUCCUGUUUCCGACACAGCCACUUACACCCGAUCCCUCUCCCAGAAACAUGGCGGAGCAAGUGGAUGGCCGGACCCUUGAUGUGCAACAUGUUUCCAGCGAUGUCCUUUCUCGGUCUGAAAAGAAUCACCAACUCCUCCGACCAUUGAAUGACACCGAGCCCGACCACGUACCCUUCGUGCUCUCUUGCGAGUCUCACGUUCUUGCUCAACAAUUGACAUUGGUUGAAAUGGCCGCAUUGAGCGAGGUGGAUUGGAAGGAUUUGAUUGAUAUGCGAUGGAGCAGCGGCUCACCCUCGGCGCUCAACUGGAUUCAAUUUCUUAAGGAUGGAGAGCGUCGAGGCAUUGAUUUGGUCGUAGGGCGCUUCAAUCUGAUGGUCAAGUGGGUGCUCUCCGAAAUUGUUCUCACCCUCGACAUACAUGAGCGGGCUCGGACAAUCGCCAAAUUCAUCCACACCGCGGUGCAUGCCCGGCGGAUGUGUAACUACGCGACAAUGCUCCAAAUCGCAAUUGCGCUGUCAUCCUCCGACUGCUCCCGACUCCAGGGCACAUGGGCCCUGGUUCCCGCCGGCGAUAAACACAUGCUGAAAGACAUGGAAUCCCUGAUUCAACCAAUCCGUAACUUUCAUGAUCUCCGUUUGGAGAUGGAAACAGCCAAUGCGCAGGACGGCUGCAUUCCCUUUGUUGGCCUCUACGUCCAUGAUCUCACAUACAACGCACAAAAACCGGCGCGCGUGACCACUCAAGACGGAGAACCUUUGAUCAACUUUGAACGCUACCGUACUACGGCCAAGAUCGUCAAGAGUCUUCUUCGCUUGAUUGACGCGAGUACCAAGUAUAAAUUUGACCCAAUCCCGGGCAUUAUCGAACGCUGCCUGUGGAUCGCAUCGCUCUCUGAUGAGCAAGUCCAGCUGCGUAGCAAGCAACUGAAUUGA